GGGAUAACAAUAAUUCAUAAGUAAUAGAGUUUAAUAAUUAAAAAUUUGUUGAAUUUUGAUAAUAUCGCUGCCAAUUGUCAAUACUGUCAUUGUCACCUGACAGAAAUGUCAAUAAUGUAAUCGGUCGAAUGACCUAAAAUAGGCUAAAAGUAAAAGUAGUUAAAGUGACAUGUUUAUCUCGCAAAGAGAAUUUGGUCUGAAAUAAUUUAUUACAACUUUUUCCAUGUCUGUGCAGUAAAUGGAGACACUGUAAAAAUGCCGCCCGUGCCGCCCCAAAAGGUAGAAUUUCCGAAAUUUGUCGAUUCGUUAUGGUGCGUUUACAUCGUUUCGGUUCUUGCGGCUUUCAACGCAGAAUUCGUUACUUAUCCGCUAGAUUUAAUCAAAACAAGACUGCAAAUUCAAGGAGAACAAUCCAAAAAUGGCAAAAUUGGACAAGCACAAUAUAGGGGAAUGGUGAAAACGGCCAUCGGCAUAGGCAAAGAAGAAGGACUGGGUAGAUUAUGGCAAGGCGUUCACGCCGCCUUUCUGAGACAUCUCAUCUACUCCGGCACCCGAAUAAUCACCUACAAAGCCCUGAAGGAGAAUUUCAUGAAAAAACACCCCGAGCAGAAGCAAUUCUCGCUGUGGCAAUCGGCGAUAUGUGGCGUGACGGCGGGCGCCAUCGCCCAAUACUUGGCCAGUCCCACGGACCUUCUCAAAGUCCAGAUACAAAUGGAAGGGAAGCGCAAGCUGUUGGGCCUGCCGCCGCGCGUCGACGGCCUGGCCGACGCCUUUCGCAAGGUCUGGGCCAAAGGGGGCGUCAAGGGAUUGUGGAAAGGAUCGGUUCCGAACGUACAAAGGGCAGCUUUGGUGAAUUUGGGAGAUUUGACGACGUACGAUAUGGCAAAGAGGACAAUAAUGAAGCACACCAAUCUACCUGAUAACUACAUACUCCACAUGUUAUCCAGUUGUUGCGCUGGUUUCGUAGCGGCUUCGAUGGGAACCCCGGCUGAUGUUAUCAAAACUAGAGUAAUGAAUCAACCUAUGGACGAUAAAGGGCGAGGAACUUUGUAUUCUUCAUCGAUAGACUGCCUGACUAAAACCGUUAAAAAAGAAGGUAUGGGGGCCCUGUACAAAGGUUUCUUGCCGAUUUGGAUGCGAAUGGCGCCGUGGUCGUUAACUUUCUGGUUGACUUACGAAGAAGCCGUUAAGUUAAUGGGGGCUAAAAGUUGGUAAAAACGUGUAAAUGAUAUUAGUGUAAUAUUUCGGACGGUUUGGAGUUUAAUCGAACCGUUUUGUAGCGAUUUUGUAAUGUUAUUUUG